AUGAUGGGCUAUUGUUUUGAAAUCACGGCCGAGCAAAACGCUAAUGUUAUAUUAGUUGACUGGAGUCAAGGCAGUUACAGCAAAAAUUACGUUAGUGCGGCUAAAAAUACUGAAAUAGUUUCUAAUAGGCUACUCAAUUUUCUUCAGUCGGCAAAGGCACAAGUUGAAGUUUCUAACUACACGUCCAUGGAAAUUUCGUGGAAUCAUUUACAUUUUAUUGGACAUAGUCUUGGAGCCCAAAUAAGUGGCCAAACUGCUCAUUUACUAAAAGACGAUCCAUUUUGGAAAGUCGAACGGAUCACUGGCUUAGAUCCAGCAAAGCCUUGCUUCAAAGAGCUUGGAACAUUUUUAAGGCUUGAUAAAGAGGAUGCUACGUUCGUAGAUAUAAUUCAUACUCAAGUAGGAACUGGGGGGAAAACUGAUGGACUUGGUUUAAAAGAAGAUAUUGGUCAUGUCGACUUUUACGUAAAUGGAGGAGUUGUUCAACCCGAAUGCACAGGAUCGUCUUUUACUCCAAAAUGGAAUACGAUGAUUUGCAGUCAUAAGCUUGCCUACAAGUACUUUACUGAAUCCAUAUCUGAUGCCAUUAAUAAUACCUGUAAAUUUUUGGGUUACCCCUGGAAUGGAUCGUCUGAUGAUGCAUUGCAAAUUUUAAACUCUAAAAUAGUGGAUUUGCCUUGUCCAGGGUGUCCAGAAAUGGGAAUAAAUGCUGUAAGAAGUAGCCAAAGAGGCAAAUUUUUAGUGAUAGCAGCUGCAAAAGAACCACAUUGCCAAUUCACAAUUCAAGACGUACAGAGUGUUGCAAAGGUUAUAAAGCGAUUAAAGGAUUAGAUAUUAACUUUCUAAGUACAGAAAAAACUUCACAAUUAAAAGGAUGUACGUCACCCAUAGUGAACUAUUAAUUGUACAAAAAUCGGAAAAUACAGUAUUUAUUAAAUAUUAUU